CAGAACUGAAAAAGGAAUGGCCAUGGCUGAGUACAAGUUAGAUGUGACAACAGGUGACAUGACAUAUGCAGGAACGUUUGACCACAUAUAUGUCACUUUAAUUGGAACUGGAGGGAAGAGCGAGCAAACUGAGUUGGACAACUAUGGUAUGGAUUUUAAACCUGGGAUGACAUCAAAUUACACCGUGAAAACCAGUUCAUCUCUGGAGAAACUUCUGCUGGUCAAAGUGGAGAAAGAUCCUUUUUUAUUUCUCCCAGAAGAUGAGUGGUUCUGCUCCAAAAUAGUGGUGACGACUCCAGAAGGAGAAGCCAUUCUUUUCCCCUGUUACAGAUGGAUCUCCAGGGGAGAACUGGUGGAGCUGAGAGGAGGGAAAGCCACGAAGGUUUUUGAGGACGACCAUCCCCUGUUGACUGACCACAGGAAAAAUGAGCUGAUGCUUAAAAAGACUUUGUACCAAUGGGAGAAUUCUGAUAAAAAGCUACCACACAAGAGUCAUUUCAAAGAUGUAUCUGAGCUCCCAUCAGAAGUCUGCUUCUCUUUGUCCAAGACAAUGGAAGUUCUUUAUACAAAAAACGUAAUGGGUGCUGAGCUCAUGUUUAAGGGGAUGCUUGGAUCCACUGAAAUCUGGGGAAAAAUUGAAGAUAUUAAAAACAUCUUCAGGUCUACAGAGACACCAGUGUCAGAGUAUGUUUCAGAGCACUGGAAGGAAGACGACUUUUAUGGAUCCCAGUUUCUGAACGGAGUCAACCCCAAUGUGAUCAAGCGCUGCUCAGAGCUUCCCCCAAACUUUCCAGUCACAGAGGAGAUGGUGAAGCCGUUCCUGGCAAAGGGAACCUCUCUGCAGAAGGAAAUGGAGAAAGGCAACAUAUUCCUCUGUGACUACAAGGUGUUGGAUGGAUUACCCACUAAGGUUUAUGAUGGUGAAUCUCUGCACGUGACUCCUGGUUUCAUAAUGUUCUACUUGAAUCCAGAAAAUAAACUGAUGCCAAUUGCAAUACAGCUGUAUCAACAACCCUCUGAGCAGAACCCCAUCUUUCUGCCCAGUGACCCAGAGACUGACUGGCUGCUGGCCAAGAUGUUUAUUAAAAAUGCAGACUUGUUUCAACAUCAGGCAGUCUAUCACUUCACAAACUCUCAUGGUUUGGCAGGAGUCUUUACUGUUGCCACUCUGCGCUGCUUCCCUGUGUUUCAUCCCCUCUACAAGCUGCUGAUCCCUCAUUUCCGUUACACUCUCCAAAUAAAUACUAUGGGACAGAAAUCUAUUUAUGGACCUGACGGCAUUUUGAGUAAAACUUCAGCUGGACUCCAGGGGAACAUAGAGCUCGCGGAAAAGGCUCACUCUGAAUUGACCUACAUUUUCCUCUGUCUGCCAGAGAACAUCACUGCACGAGGACUGGAGUCCAUACCCAACUUCUACUACAGAGAUGAUGGCCUGAAGCUGUGGGACAUCAUCUACAGCUUUGUGAAGGCAACAGUGGAGUACUAUUACCCCUCAGAAAAUGACGUGCGGAAUGACACUGAGCUGCAGGAUUGGAUCAGUGAGAUAUUCACACAUGGCUUCUUAGGAAACACAACCUCAGGGUUUCCAUCAGAGUUUACGACUGUCGAGGAAGUGAUCAAGUUCAUCACCAUGAUAAUCUUCACAGUGACAGGUCAACAUGCUGCAGUCAAUAAUGGACAGUAUGACUACUACCCCUGGAUCCCCAAUGGCUCGUUCCUGCUACGCAAAGCUCCUCCAACCACUAAGGGGCAGUCAAGCAUGAAGACACUUUUGGAGACCCUCCCAGAUGUUGGACUGACGGGAAAAUUUGCAGCAUUGUCUUGGAUACUUUCAAACAAGUACACUGAUACGGUUCCCAUGGGUUCAUACCCAGAUGAACGAUUCAAUGAGCCUGCCCCUAAGCAGAUGAUUAAGGAAUUUCAAGCAGAGUUGUCCUUCCUCAGUGAAGAAAUCACAACAAGAAACUCACAGCUUGAAGUACCCUACACAUAUCUGAACCCUGCUGUUGUGGAGAACAGUGUAACUAUUUAACUAAGCCUGAUAAAGCCUUUUUUAUCCUUCUGCAUCAAUCAACAACUAGUGCAGUGCCUGUUCAAAACUGUGUCGACUGCUUGGCCUAUUUUGCUGCUUGCUGCAUUCUCGAGAACCACUCAUACAAACAGUUUCACACACUGAAUUGUAGCCUACUACUACAUUUGCCUGACAGAGAGAAAUGACACAGAUUCAGAUUUUGCUCCUAAAAACAAUUAAAAUGUGAUGCUUUAUUUUUCAUUAAACUAUUCAGGAAUAUAUGAGAAUCAAACACUUCACCUUAAACAGACUUUAAUUACUGAUAAUACCUCCGUCACUCUUCACUUUACAACAGACAGUAGAUUUAAACAGCGGCGGUGAGUUGCUGGCAGUAGCGUUAUUAGUGUUGUAAGUUAGGAUAGCAAACGUACAAAAUGGAUGCAGGUGAAGACAUGCUCAAAUCCACAUCACUGUAGUUAUAAGGCAGAACAGGGAUUUACAUAGCAGGUAUUUAGCAUAAGCACACACACACACCACUCACUUGGCGACCUUUUGUAACUUACGAAUUUGAGUAAUCUCAGUCAGUGGCUCCUCCGGCAACAGCACAGUGUCUCUCCUCCUCCAUCUUCUGUCUUGCUGUGUGCAAGAAGGCAGGAGAGAGUUACUAUAGUCAGCAGUUGGUUAAUCAGGACAGCUUAGUAAAACAGCUUUACACUUGACAAUGCGUUACUUUGGGUCCGGGAACAGACAUGUUUAUUAUUCUGAAAGUUGCAUGACUAAAUGUUUCAGUUUGCUACAAUUUAACAUCUCUUUAUUCAUCUGUUGUGAAGACAUGCUCGAAGGCCCUGCCCCUGCUGCCGGAAAGAGUCACAGUGCGCUGUUUGCUUGUUUAUUAAUAUUAUUAAUACUAAACUUAUCUAAAUCACACUAAAUUUGCCAAUGCACACUCAAGGGUCCCAAGCAAUACACCUGCCAAGUGUGAAGUAGACUGGAUGAACAGUUCCUGAGAUAUGUGAAGGACAAAUAUGAAACGGCUACAUACAAGCAGAGAUUUCUUGUUUUACAGUUAGAUAUUGAUACCUUUUUAAUAACACCCGUAUUGCAUGCUGGGUUGUGUGUUAAAACUAUGUUCUGGGUUGUGUUAUUUUAAGUAUAAUGGCACCUAUAUCUUUGUGUGAAUUACACAGACAGAUGUUGAGAAAUAACAAAUGAGAAGAUUGGGUAACAAUCUUUUUAAGUGUAUUCUGUUAUUCAAGUUCUUCUUACUCUUUAAUGUUGUGAGUACAAAACAGUGUAUCUGGUAAUGAAUGAUGGCUUAUGUACUUCACCAGUAUGUGUUUUAAUUAUUAAUUUGCUUUGUUUGCAGUUCAUAUUAAAAUGGCAUAUGG